AUGUUGAAUUCAGCUAAUUUUGGGUAUGUCAACGCCGCCCUCCAGACUGCAACCAUCCGGUUGGGGCUACAUCAGGCUUGUGUUGAGAUGAAAAAUAAGUACCCUAAAGCGUUGUAUGGAAAGAAUGAUAUUUAUUCCUAUCCCGAUGCCCAAUGUCAUAUUCUAUAUCACUUCUCUGACAUGGUUACCUACACAUAUUCAUUGUUUGAGCCUUUGGAGGGGGACAAAGUAGACAUCAAUGUGUUAAAAGAGAGAUUGGCAGCUUUGGAUCCGCUUUUCAAGUGUGAUAAUGCGAGUACUAGUGCAUGA